UGUCAGGAGUUAAAGCUAAUAAUACACACUGAAUUUACCAUUUCUUUCCCAUCUCAGCAUUUAAACAAAUCCUACAACACUGAUGUUCCUCUUGUUCUCAUGAAUUCCUUCAACACUGAUGACGACACAAAGAAAAUCUUGCAGAAAUACAGUCACAGCCGUGUGAAGAUAUAUACUUUUAAUCAAAGCAGAUAUCCUAGAAUUAACAAGGAAACUCUGCUGCCAAUAGCCAAGGAUGUAUCUUACUCAGGAGAGAAUACGGAGUGCUGGUAUCCCCCAGGGCACGGAGAUAUCUACGCCAGUUUCUAUAACUCUGGUCUGCUGGAUAACCUUAUCGGAGAGGGGAAGGAAUAUAUUUUUGUAUCCAAUAUAGAUAACUUGGGUGCCACUGUGGACCUUUACAUUCUUAACCAUCUUAUGAACCCACCCAAUGGAAAACGCUGUGAAUUUGUCAUGGAAGUCACAAACAAAACCAGGGCGGAUGUGAAGGGUGGCACGCUCACGCAAUACGAAAACAAGCUGAGACUGGUGGAGAUAGCUCAGGUCCCAAAAGCACAUGUGGACGAGUUCAAGUCUGUGUCAAAAUUCAAAAUAUUCAAUACCAACAAUUUGUGGAUUGCUCUCUCAGCGAUUAAAAGGCUGCAAGAGAAAAACGCUAUUGACAUGGAGAUCAUUGUUAACCCAAAGACUCUGGAUGGAGGCUUGAAUGUUAUCCAGUUGGAGACCGCAGUUGGUGCUGCUAUUAAGAGUUUUGAGAACUCGCUGGGGAUAAACGUACCUCGUAGUCGUUUUCUGCCUGUUAAGACCACGUCAGAUCUCUUGCUUGUGAUGUCUAAUUUGUACAGCCUUAAUGCUGGAUCUCUAACAAUGAGCGAGAAGCGUGAAUUUCCAACAGUGCCUCUUGUCAAACUGGGAAGUUCUUUCACAAAGGUUCAAGAUUACCUGCGGAGGUUUGAAAGUAUUCCAGAUAUGCUGGAGCUGGAUCAUCUCACGGUUUCAGGUGAUGUUACAUUUGGGAAGAAUGUUUCAUUAAAGGGAACAGUUAUCAUCAUUGCAAACCACGGCGACAGAAUCGACAUCCCAGCUGGAGCCCUGCUAGAGAACAAAAUCGUAUCUGGCAAUCUUCGGAUCCUGGACCACUGAGUCAGUGAAAGGGCACGGUCGGUUCUGUAGGCUGCUGGGCUAAACCAGCCUCGUAAUGGAAGAACCUUUUAAGCAUUAGAAAUAUAAGUACAGAGAGGGCCUAUGCUUUGUCCAUCUUCACAGUACCCUGCAGUAUUAAUUUAAAAUUAAUUUCUCUUGCUUAUCUUUUUAAGCAGACACAUAGCGCAAUGGAUGUGCGUAAGUGAUGCUUCAGUCCUUAAAGAGAUUCUGUAACUCAGUUAAUAUAACCUUGAAGUGCAAUACUGUUUGUCUUGCGGUUAAGAUGGACAGAUCUUCUUUGAUAAGAAGUUAGAGGCUUGCCUCUAACAUUUAGUAGUUUUGAAUUGCUUGUAACUGCAGAAAUAAAGCUGUGAAGCAAUACAUGUGGGACAACAGAGUUAGCUACUCCUGGGACUUUUUAUGAAGUAUAAGUGGCAGGCACAGUUGAAAACAAAAAGUUUCACUACUGCUAAAUGGGCUGUUAAAACCACCCUGUAUUUCAUGUGCUCACAAACACCCUGACCUGUAGCCCUCUCUAACCCCUGCAAACCACAGAUGGGAUGUCCUAUCCCAAUUGUAUGUCAAGAUACUGGGGUAAGGCUGUCAAUACCUCCAUUUCUGUAUUGUGAGAGUGGGAAGCGUUGAUGUUCCAAACUCACCCAAAGAAUCUAAUACUUGAGAAAAAUGCCUCAGUAUCCACUGGUGUGGUGUUUGCUUUUCACAUCCCAUUUAAGACUGGAUCUCCUGUUGAUAUCUUAAUCCUUGAUCUGCCCUCUUUUUUCAAUAAAUGGAUCACGUUGACUACACCCAUGUUCAUAUUGUCACCACCCUGUAUGUUAAUUUAUCUUCUCUUGAAUAAUUUCUAAAUUUGUACAGGAAUUGAAAUCCCUGUCCUGAUCACUUUUGAUUUCUUAAUGUUUCUCUUGUAUUUACAUGCAGACAACUUUAUUUUAUAAGCUUAGUUAUAACACUGGUAUGUAUCAUUAAAGAAGUUGGUCUUUAAAAACAA